AUGUUGAAUAUUAAUAAAUCAUCGGACAUGAUCGGCGGUAGUGGGUGGUGUACGUUAACUUAUUACGUGAGGAACACGAGAAAGUGUGUUCGGUUCAGUGAACGAUGAAUCGCAACGAUAAGUCGCAGCGACUGUUCCCGGAUGUGUAAUUUAGUCAUGACGGAUACGAGUCAGGCGGACGAGUUGCCGCCGGCGACUAACGGCGUCGCGACGGACAACGGUUUCAUCGUCGACGACGAUCAGCGUGCCAAGAUGCGACCAGCCGACAUCGACGCCGACGUCCGCGAGAUGGAGCGUCGGAAGCGGGUCGAGCUGAUCAUGAACAGUAAACUUUUUCGAGAGGAACUAGAACGGAUCAUCGAAACCCAACUAAAAGACGGCACCGGGACCAGCGGCCUCUUGCAACAGAUCUCAGAUAUGGUCGGCGUCAACAAGCAAGCCGGCAACGUGUUCAAAAACUCGAGCUGCGUUCUGCCCAUCAACGAUAUCAGAGGAAUCGAAUCGAUGGGGUACGCGAAGGGCGAGAAAAUUCUCAGGUGCAAACUGGCCUCCGUCUUCAGACUGAUCGACUUGUACGGAUGGACUCAGGGUUCCGGCACUCUCAUCACGGCCCGUCUGAACCAGGACGACGAACAGUUUCUCGUCAACCCUUACGGGAUGCUGUUCCACGAAAUCACCGCGUCUAGUCUGAUCAAGGCCGAUAUGCAGGGGAGCGUGAUCGAGCAAGGGACCACCAACUUCUCCGUCAACGUGACCGCGUUCUCUUUGCAUGCGGCGGUGCAUGCUGCCCGACCUGACCUCCGGUGCAUCAUCCACGUGCACACCCCGUCCGUGGUCGCGGUAUCAGCACUGAAACACGGCCUGCUGCCCCUGAGCCAGGAGAGCGUAGUCGUGGGCGAGAUCAGCACCCACGCCUACCUCGGCGGUCUGCUCGACACCGACGAAAAAGACAAACUGGCCAGGAACCUGGGCCCCAUCAACAAGGUGCUACUGCUCGCGAACCAGGGAGCGUUGUGUUGCGGGGAAACGAUCGAGGAGGCCUUCUUUAACGCCCGCAACACCGUCCUAGCUUCCGAGUCGCAACUCAAGCUCCUCCCACUCGGCAUAGAUAACCUGGUGGUGCUCAACGACGAGGCGAGGAAGAAGAUAUACGACGCCGCUCACCGGGCCCCCGAGAGCACCCCCAGGCCCGAUCAACCGUCGAUCUUGGAGGGCAAAGUGGAAAGGAAGUGGAGGGUGGGCGGGGUCGAGUUCGAAGCGCUCAUGCGGAUGCUGGACAACGCCGGAUUCCGCACGGGCUACAUCUACAGGCACCCGUUGGUGAAGGGGGAACCCCCGAAACCGAGGAACGACGUCGAAGUACCCCCGGCCGUUUCAUCCCUCGGGUACCUGCUCGAGGAGGAGGAGCUCUACAGGCAAGGGCUCUGGCGCAAGUUGGAGGGCGGCAGGAAGGGUCACGACCGUAGCCGUUGGCUGAACUCCCCGAACGUCUACCAGAAGGUGGAAAUAUUGGAGACGGGCACUCCCGACCCCAAGAAAAUAACCAAGUGGGUCGCGGAGGGAUCGCCCAGCCAUUCCAGCACGCCGGUGAAAAUCGACUCCGCCUUGCAGUUCGUUCCGCAGGGCACCAACCCGAAAGAGUUCAAACAGAAACAGCAACAGAUCAAAGACUACAGGAGGGCGGACAAAAUAUCGGCCGGGCCGCAGUCGCACAUCCUCGAGGGCGUGACGUGGGAGGAGGCGCGCAAAAUGCAAGACGCUACAGUGACCCAGACCGGGGAUCAAGUGGUCCUAAUGGGGGCCGCUUCCAAGGGCAUCAUUCAGCGAGGCCACCAGCACAACGCGACGGUCUACAAGUCGCCCUAUGCGAAGAAUCCGUUCGAUUCGGUGACCGACGAGGAACUCGAUGAGUACAAGAAGGUGGUGGAGCGGAAAACCAAGGGAGAUUACGACACGGACUACAGCGAAUCCGAAGGGUUAUCCUCCGCUCAAAUCAACAAGAGGAUGGACGGGAUUCAUCUCAGGUCACCGACGUCCGUUACCAGCGAGACAGAGGAGGAGAGCAGGGAUGAACCGCAGAUCCUUCGGAUAGAAACGAAAACGGCUCCGAGACCAAGCCAGCCGGAGGUGGUAUUGAGUGACGGUGGCGCCGCCGUCACGCUUACCCAUUACCGCACGAACUAUCACGCCGGUUUCCCGAAAGGUUCCUACGUUAUCCCGAAUCCCGUACAUUUUCACAUCGCGCGGCGCGGUCACGUGCCGAUCAUGCGACCCAUGCUCGUGCCCCGUUUCGCUCGCUUCGAUUUUCACCCGAAACCUGCCGUCGUAACGCUCACCCUCAAAGAUUCUCGCUCGAUCGCCGUCGACGUGUCACUGGACACCAUCAGCGCUUUCGUACGCCCGUUCGCGCGCGCUUUGAACAUUGUCGAGGUGCCGACGUUGAAUAGCCAAGGUUGCCAAACCGCCUAUAUGAAUAAUUUCGAGAGGGCGCCGUGGUCGCACAGCAACGUCGAGUACACCCCGUUGUACGUUGACGAGCGUUCGAAAACGUUGCGAAAGUCAGUCCCAGGCGAGAGUUUCGAGGAGAGUAUCCUGAGGGAGAUGAAACGCAACAUGAUGUGCGUGGCCGGCGUGGUGGAGUUCGCCGAACACGACGCCCCCGUCGAUAACGAGAGCCUUGCGGAAAUGACCGACGAGGUGGCCACCAUAAACUCCUCCGGCAGUUCGGAGAGCGACGGGAACGCCCUCGCGACCACCGACGAAGGUGUGAGCGAUUUGACUUUAAACGGCGACUCGCCCGUCUCCUCCCCCGUGGACGACCGAAUCGUGGCCAUGGGAGCCGUGAUUAAGGAGUUUCUGAUCGAGCAGAGUUUCGAAACGAAGGAGCUGAUCGUUUUCCCGGAGUUGAACGAUGAUGCGAGCGCCGCAAAGUUCGUCGGAGACCUGGUGAAGUUGUACUCGCGUCUAUACGAGGAUUCGUUGAAUCCCGACGAUAAGAACGAGCUGAGGCUCAAACUGGCCGGUUACGUGCUCAAACUGCUCGAACGCGACGACAGAUUGCAGGACGACGACGAUGACGGCGGCGACGGUGUUUACAACGUUUCGGAUAAAAUCUUCACGACAACGGAGUUCCUCUCGGAAAUACUGGACGUCUUUUUCGACCGUUUGAAUAACGGCAAUUUCGCGGACUUUGCGGGGAACUUGCCCACCGAUAAGGGCGAAACGUCUACGCCUCGAGCAGGCGGCGAACCGGCGGAAGUAACGUCGUUUAAAAAGGCUUCGAAAUCGCAUUCGGAAACGUACUGGAUCAUGAUCGGGUCGUCGUCACCGAGGGUGUCACAAGCACCGCCUCGCAGAGUAAUAAACGUGGACGAUAUUCUGCUAAGGCCUCCCGACGAUUUCGAUACCGAACCGCCCAUGAAGCAGGCGAAGGAAGGAGUCGGCGUAGAACGUUCUCCGAUCAGAGAACAAGCGAGAAAGAAUCUGUUCGGCGCGCAUCUUUCGCCGGACUUUGAGAUAUCGAACGAUUCGUUCAAGUCCUUUAGCGAGGAGCGGGGGAUCAUCGAGGACAGCGAAGAUGACGAUAGCAGCGCAGCGGUCAACCAAGUCAUGUUUGUUAGGAACCCGAACGUUAAGGAACGGUUAGUCCGCAGUGAAGCCAAAGUGAUUUUCGCCGCCAAAAACGCGGCCGUCGAUAAGGAGAACAUCGCUCCAGACGAGGGCAACUGGAUGGGCUACGAAAGCGCCAAGUUUUAAUUCUGACGGUUUGGGUGGUUUUUGGUUUUUUGGCGCUUUCGUUUGGUGUGUUUUUUUUUUAUUCCCGCUUUGCAUUGUACCAAUAAAUUUCUUUUGCACUUUGUUUUGAUCAUUUUGCGAAUGGUGGUGUGGGCUGCAGUGGUGGACACGCAGGAACGGUUGGGAUUUUGUUGCUGUUAAAAAUUUAGCGGCGAAUUAAAUUCCUCGGGAGUAUUUGUAGUCAGGUGCCAGGGUUUUCGUUUUUGCCAGUCCCCAUGCAUGUUUGGAGAUUAAAUUUGUUCCUGCCUUUCACACACACUUUUGAUAUUAAUUGCAAUUCAUCAUCAUUCAUUAUAUAACUCGAGUUUCAUUCAACGAUCUCCCAGGUGCUUCCAUAUCUUUUUUGUGCUAUACGAAGAAAAUAUUUAAAACACAUUUUUUGAAAUUCGACGCCAUCCAGUAAAUUACAAAUAUUAGCACAAAAAUAAGAAUAAUAUGAGUCGAAUAAAACUAAAUUUUAUACAAAAUGAAACUUAAAGGAAAAGGCAAGAGUGCAGCACACGGACUAAUCUAUUUGCUGAUUUUUACAUUUUUCUUUCCAAUUAACACGACGUAUCAGACCAUGGUUUACAUUUAUUUAAAGUUUUUUCCUUCAUUUUGUUUUUUUUUCCUUUUUACGUACUUGAAAGUAACCUGGUUUUAAAUUUGAAGAAGAAUGACACUGUAAGCUUAACUUCCUGUAAUACAAGUAUUCGCUACAAAAAUGGAAAGCAAAAAAUUAAGUUUUGGGGUUAUAGUUAAUCAAACAAAACUCCCUCUUUCUCCUAACCGGAAGAUAUCGGAAGCAAUCAACAAAUUGUGAAGAUCUGACUGGCGUUAUAGCUAGCGUCAGUUCGGUUACUGGUAGAAAAAAAAUGUACAUACGAUUUACUCAUAUUCACAUUGCUCUGUUACAAAGAGGAAAACUCUCCUAGUACAUUAAAAUCACUUGUUGGAAUGUUUCAUUUAAACAGUUAUUUAUUAUGCUUUUCAUAGAAUAAUUUUUUAAAAUUCCUUUGACAUUAAACGAAACUCUGAAGUAGUGUUGUGUCAAUCGCGAUCGAUUCCGUCACUUUGAUUCAAUCACUUCACAGGAUCGAACGACCAAAACCCGCUUAUACGUUGGUUUAAUUGUUGAAGAUUUAAAUGCAUGACUGAGGUAGGCCGCAGAAAAGGAAUGGGAGUGUUGUUAUAAAUUAUUCUAUAGUAUUGAGUUGCGACAUUGAUUGGUAGAUUUGCUUAUGUGUCGAAUUGAAUAUUGAAUCAAAUAUCUAUUUCCACACAGGUAUUUAAUUUAAACAAAUUAAUUUUUUACUGGUACAACCCAAUAUGUAGCACCUAUUUAGAUAAAAUCGUGAUUUAAUAAAAAGCAGAACACAGCUAAAUAUUAUACUAACUAGAACAGAAAACAACAUAAAGACACAACAAUAAUUCAAAUGAAUCUGAAUGGGGCUUCGGACCGUUCGGAUUUAGUGACUAUUGUCGCUUAUGUCGGCAUCAAGUAUUGAAAUGAACGAUUGAUUGAAAAGAUUCGCUCCUCGUAAAAUGAACGAUUGACACAACACUACUCUGAAGGGCCAUAGUUCAGCCCAAAGAAAGGUCUUGACAUAAUAUUUUAAUUUUAAAAAGAAGUAACUAUGAUAUUUAAAGGAAAAAAAUUAAUAUUAAAAUUUAUUUAAUUCGGUUCAUGGUUCAGUAACC